AUGCCCGACCUAACCCUGCGCGGUGCCGGCGCGUCUGCCCCAGAGCCGCCCGGCAGCAGCAACAGAGCGCCGGGGGGGCCACGGCCCCCCGCCGCCGAGAUGCUCCUGCCAGCGUUCGCGCCGCCGCGGCGGCACGCGGCGCCCCGCAGCGGCGGCUCCUCCUCGGUGGGCGCGGGAGGCACGCUCCAGCUCCGAGUCACGAGGCUGGAUGGCGAGAUGCUCUGCGCGACUGUACCUCGCGAGUGGGCUCUGCAGGACGUCAAGGCGCACCUGGAGCGCACGUGGGGCAUCGCCCAGCGCGAGCAGCGGCUCCUCUGCGGCACGAAGGAGCUCGGGAACGGCGACCCCCUGGCGGCCGCCGUGGGCGACCCGGCGGCCCGCGAGGCGGAGCUCACGCUGGUGCGGCGCCCGCCCCUCCAGGCCGAGUGGCUCGAGCGGGUGCGGGGCGACGGCCGGCAGCUGCGCCACGCGCCCGCGGAGCUGCGGGCGGACCCCGAGGUGGUCCUGGCCGCCGUGCGGCAGAACUGGUCCGCGCUGCAGUGCGCGACCGAGGAGGUCAGGAACGACCGCGACGUGGGGGGCGUCGGACUGACCGCCGUGCGGGAGAAUGCCAACGUGCUGUGGUACGCCAGCCACGCCCUCCGAGGAGACCGCGAGUUUGUCCUCGAGGCCCUCAGGCACAACGUCGCCGCCUUCCCGUGCGUGUCGACCGCGCUGCGCGCCGACCGCGACAUGGUCUUGGCCGCCGUCCGCGAGAGCGGGGAGGUGCUGCGCUUCGCUUCCGCGCAGCAUCGCGCUGACAGAGAGGUCGUGCUCGCGGCCGUGGCGAGCAGUCCCCUGGCGCUGCAGCACGCGGACAGGGGCUGA